UUCCGUAGUUGCAAGCAUUGUGUAACUUGGUAAAAGUUUUAUCUCCAUCUUAUUAUUCUACGAUAAGUACCGCUCAUUUAGAAAAAUUAAUAUCAAACUAAAUCAGACAGAUGAGUACAGAACUUCAAGCCGUCGUUGUUACAGAGCACACGAAGUACUUAGAAGAAAAGUUGCAAGUUCUGGAACCUGUUAUUGAAGUCAUGAAAAAUGCCGUAGAAAAAAGUCAGACAUGGAUAGCAGAUCAAAACGUAAACCCGUCUAUCACCUACACUGAGCUACGCCAGCAACUUAAAUCAGCCACAACCACAAUGUUGGACGCAGCGGCACAAAUUUUAAACGAUGACGACAAGGUUAAUGUAGAGCCUGAAUCAAGUACAUCAUCUCUGUCUACGUCACUAACUAUAUCAACAAAUACGUCAGACAAUAGCGAGUUGAAAAAUCAAAUCAGUAAACAAGUCAAACACACAGCUGAAAUAUUGACUCGACUAGAACUGAUAGAGACAGCGAUCUCUUCUCUACAAGACACAAAACAAAAGACUGAAGACGAUAUAUCAGAAAUAAAACAAUGGAGAGACACCUUUGUGUCAGAACAAAAUGAUACGGCUUUAAAAACUGAGCAGUUUUGUAGACAAGAGGAAAAAUGUAUUGAAAGCCUUAGAGAGCAAAUAAAUGAACAAGAUAGUAAAGUAAAGGAGCUGAACAAAGAACUUGAAAGUUUAAAACAACAAGAAUCAAAGUCCAACAAAGUGCUAGAGAAACUAUCUGUAGAUAUAAAUGAAUAUGAAAACAACUUACAUGCAUUAAAUACAGAGAUGAACGAUAACUCAAAUAAAACAGACAGCAUAGCACAUGCAAUUAGAAUUCAUUGCUCAAUUAUUUCCCUUUUCCAAGACGACGUGCAACAAAAUAUUGUCAAUACAACUUGCAAGCUUAAUGACAUAUUUUCUAAGCUCAAAACACAAGCGAGUGGUGUUACAAAGCUCGAAAAUCAACUACAUGAAUUAUCAGAGUUCAGUAGCCAAGUAUGUGAUGUUUUGAAACUUAAACACCGAGUACAUGAUAUUUUAAGGAUGUUAACCGAUUUUAAAAUAACUGAGACCAGCAAAUGUCAGCCUUACGUCUGUCAAAUUCAUCUGGACAACGACACACCUGUGACUGUUGGGAAUAUUAUGGCUAGAUUCUAUGUAGUGUGGGAAUCUUACGGCAGAUGUUUCAACAAAACAACAGGAAAACUUGUAGCUCCAGAGGACGGUUUAUACCUCGUCAAUGUCACCUUACUGAAGAAUAAGAAUCAUUUUAUCAAAGUGGCCGUGUUUUUGGGUGAUGUUUUAUGCAAUGAAAUUUUUGUCAAAUCUGCCUUAACAUCAGCUUGUGGGUCGACGGUUGUUCCCAUGAAGAAAGGGGAAGAACUUUUCUUUAAAGUGGCUGAGGCGGAUGUGGGGGCUAAGUUACAAGGUGGGAGUGGUUUUACCAUUGUUAGAUUAUAAACUUAAUGUCUUCCCUAGAUGGUACAAACAUGAUAAUUAAUUAAUAAACAUUUGAUUAUUAAUUCAGUGACAAAAUGACAAUAUAUUUCCGCUUUGGAUGAUACGAAAAUGACAUCUGAUAUAUUUAGAAAACACUCAAAUAUUAGAAAAUAUAUUUAUUGUCGUAAGGUGUAUAAUAAAUGCUUGAAACCAUGGGACAUGUUGAAUAUAAAGGCACUGCGUCUUUUUAAAAAUUAAUAAUUUCAAUAAUAUGUUUAGGAGUGUCUUUAAUAUUUGAUUGGUGUGCUUAUAUCUUACAUGAUAUGUGGUAGAUCUAUUGUUCUUCGGGAUUAUGUAAAUUAUACAACCACGUGAUUUUGUUAUUUGCUACAUACAUAUAAUCAACAUAUUUUACAUUAAUCCUGACAAAACUUGACAUUGUUGCAAGAUUACAUGGAAACUUGUCGAAAUUAUCCAACUAGUAUUACAUUUGUAACAACAUUAAUUAAAUCGUGUGUCAAAUAUAAUUGUUUCUACAUUUUGUAUAUUACGAUUUUACGAUAAGAAAGAAUUUUA